AUGGUCAAUAAGAAGCUGAUGGCGUGCCAGCCGUUUUUCGUCAAACCAGUAGGUGAACAAUUGGCUCGUGAGUUGGGCUUGAUGGGAAGGAUGUAUGUCGACUGUGAUGAAGAGGAUGAUUUAUACAAACCCAGCGCGACGAUCGUCUUUAGGCCCAUUUUCACCCUCACUUGCGAGCAUUUCCGAAAGACAUCCCCCCCGACACCCCGUCAAUCAUUCCCGACCAGCGCCACGACUCAACGACACCUGUCCCUGUCCGUGGCAGGGGCUGGCGACAAGUGUCCGCGACCAGCACGAGCCACGCCAGCGCCACCAUUCUUGAAUCUUCCCUUCCGUCCUUCCUUCCUUCCUUCCUCCCUCCACCACCGACCCGACCCAACCCAACCAAACCGAAGAGACCCUCCACCGAAGUGCAACGAAGCCCACCCUCGUCCCCGAAAGGCGGCGAGCAACGCCGCGUGCUCCGCUUCCUCCUCCUCCCUCCUCCGCCCACCAGGGAAGAAUGAUAAUAUUCAAAUGGGACAAACAGUUGGUUCCGCUCAGUCUGAACUUGAUGCGAAGGAUGUGUCUAAAGAUGUCCAUAGCUCUGCAGGAAUCUCCGUUCCUUUUAACAUAAAGGAUAAGAAAGAAGGGGAAGAUGCAACACAGGGUGCACGCUUAGUGGAUCUUGAAACUUCUGGGGAUGUGAAUAUGGAAGCAUCGAUAAGCCCAGAUGAUCUUGCGCUGGAGGUCUUGGAGCAAGAGACGGCAUAAGUAGCUUUCUCCCAGUAGCAAGUGAUUCUACAGACUUUGAAGAAGCCUUACUCAAGGCCCGAGAUUACGAAGGACCACAGGGGGAUGUAUCAAGACCAAGUGUGGGCUGGACCGAAGGUACACAUUAGAAGCGUGAAAAAUAGAGUAGCUAUACCGGCAUGUGAUAAGUAACUAAUGAUAAAGCUUCUUUGAUUCCCGUUUUGUUCUUAUCUAGCAAGCUUUUGAAUUUACAUGUGGCACUUCUGGUUAUUUUAAGAAGGGUUACUUGAAAUGCACCUC